ACAUGACCUUUCAUACUAGGCGUUUAGGUGUGGCCCCUUCCUUUUCUUCCUUCUUUUUUUGUUUUCCCCUCACCUUCCCUCCGGAUUCUGCCCAUGAAUUGUUUGUUCUUCCUUGCAGUUCAGGCUUACUGUCAAUUGCAAUCCCUUUAUAGUAAUUUUUUGCAAAGUUGAGUCCUAACCCGUGACUCUCUAGUAACUUUCAUUCUAUGCCCCCUCUGGUUUGGCAACAUUUCCAUGCCCCUUGUACUCUGUAAAAAUAAAGAAGAAGAAGAAGAAGAAGAAGAAGAAACACUCCCCUCUUCCUCCCCCUCCCCCUCCCGCAAAAAUAUCCCUAAAGACUCAAAACCAACACCACCAUUGAAGACGUUGAUGAUGCUCUUUCCAGAGAUAACAACCGAUAUUCUAAGCAGACUACCGGUCAAAUCUCUCAAACGUUUCAGGUGCGUGUCUAAAUCAUGGUGCAAAGAAAUCGACAGUCCAUACUUUAUCAACACUCAUCUCAAAAGAUCAUCACAAGCACACACCCAUCUCAACCUCAUUCUUAGAGAUGCCACCAACUUAUGCACUGUAGACUUGGACUCACCCGACUUCACCUCCAUAGAACUGAAAAACAAUCCUUUAAAAAGUGACGACUGCGCUACUGAAGUAAUGGGUUCUUGUAAUGGACUGCUUGCCCUGUUAAAUUCUGACUUUAGUAUUGCUCUAUAUAAUCCAUCAACUAGAGAAAAGAAAAUGAUACCCGUUUCACCUUUAGAGUUGCCAAAUGACUUGGACGAUUCUAAAGUGUCUAGCCUGUUCAAUUUUUAUGGAUUUGGACAUGACCCCAUUAAUGAAGACUAUAAAGUUGUGAGAUUUAUACACUUUUAUGGUGAUAGUCCUGAUGGGUUUUUUCACUGUGAGGUCAAAGUUUAUAGCUUGAAGUCAAAUUCUUGGCAAAGAAUUGAUGACUAUCCUUAUGACUUGAGAUUUAUUCUGCCACCUGAUUAUCACCCUCACUGUAGAAGAGGGUAUGGUGUUUUUGCUAAUAGUUCUGUUCAUUGGAAGGCUACUGUAGUGGGAAAGGGAAAAGAAAAUGGGAGUGAUAUGAUUGUCGCUUUUGAUCUUGGAGCUGAAGAGUUUAAGAUAAUACCACAACCCGAUUAUUCCAGCAAUGAACAUGAAAUGAAUGUGGGAGUUUUAGGAGGGUGUUUAUGUGUGUUUUGUAAUAAGAACUGUAAACAUGUUGAAAUAUGGGUGAUGAAGGAAUAUGGUGUGAAGGAAUCUUGGACUCAUUUAUGUACCGUUAUUGCACCGCUACAAGUGAAGGAAUUUUGGUUGUAUGCUAGACCUUUAGCUUAUUCAAAGGGUGGAGACAAAAUUCUGUUGGAAUUGGAUAAUAGGUUUUUUGUUUGGUAUGAUCUGAAAAGGAGAAAGUCCAAGAUUAUCAGGAUUCGUGGUGCUCCUCCUAUUUUUAUAGCUGAGAUUUGUGUAGGAAGCCUUGUCACACUAAAUGGAGGUGGUGAGGGUCAGACUAGUGGGAAGGACACACAAGAGAAAAGGAAGACUAGAAAGAAAAGGGAUCAGUUCUUAUCAAAGGGGUUCAAGCUGGUUUUAUGAUUUAGUAGAGAAGGAUGUUAAAUUGGAGUGUAUCAACAUAGGGCUGGUAAUAGAUGGUUUAGGAUGCAAACUUGGAAAAGUAUGGACAUGGAGCGCAUGGUUGGGGAUCUUUAUUAGCUUCUCUCUGAAUCUGGACUACAAGAAGUUAAUGUUAGUUUCAUAGGGAAUAUAGUUUUUCGGGCUUUAUAAUAGAGUAGCGUUUGGGGAACUCGGAUUCUUCUACUUGUGGACAGUUUUGUGGGUUGUACCUUGUUAGAACGUAUUUUAAAGCAGUUAAUAUGCUCUUUGAAGGA